AUGAGUUACAAGGAGCUGGAUGAGCGCCUGGAGAACGACCCCAACAUCAUCGUGUGCUGGAAGUGACGGCGGGGACGUGCCCCCCGCCCGCCCCCCGUGUCUGCCCCCGGUGCCCCCCCGCCGGCCGCCGUCUCUCCUCCGCGCCGCCAGGGGGCGGCAGAGGCUCCUCCGCGCGGCCACUAGGGGGUUGUCGGGGGCGCCGCCGGCGCUUUCCCGUUGCCAUAGCGACGACGACGCCGCCAUGGCCGCCCCGGGGCCGGCGCCGCUGCUGCCCGCCGAGGCCGAGGCGCUGGUGCGGGCGCUGCGGGGCAUCGAGCUGCGGGACAUCGGCGGGCAGCGAUGGCUCCGGCAGCACGAGUGCGUGGAGAAGCUCAACAUGCACGCCAUCCUGAGCACCUUCGCGGGCCAGGAGCAGCUCCUCACCGAGCUGCUGGUCACCUACGCCAAGAUUCCUGUUCUCAUUGCUGAGCUGAUCUCUGUGGAGAUCUGGAAGCACAAGGUCUUCCCUGUGCUGUGCCGGCUGGAGGACUUCAAGCCGAGAAGCACCUUCCCCAUCUACAUGGUGCUGCAUCAUGAAGCCUCCAUCAUUAACCUCUUGGAGACAGUGUUCUUUUACAAGGAGGUCUGCGAGUCAGCAGAGGACAGCAUUCUGGAUUUGAUUGAUUAUUGCCACCGAAAACUGGCACUGCUCGCAGCUCGAAACACCAAGGGACAGACAGUGACCCCGGCGGAGCUUCGUCCUGAGGAUCUGGCCAGCCCCUCGUCCAUGCAGGAGCUGCAGAAGCAGGCGGAGGCGAUGGAGUUUGAGAUCGCCCUGAAAUCCCUGACCGUGCUGCGGUACAUCACCGACCAGGUGGAGAGCCUGCCCCUGAGCGCGCUGACACGGAUGCUGAGCACCCACAACCUGCCCUGCCUCCUUGUUGAGCUGGUGGAGCACUGCCCCUGGAGCUGCUGGGAAGCAGGCAAGCUCAAGAAGUUUGAGAAUGGCACAUGGCACGAGGUGCCCCCUGAAGACCAGGUGAAGAUGACCAAGCUGGAUGGGCAGGUGUGGCUUGCCCUCCUCAACCUCCUGCUCAGCCCCGAGUGCCAGCGCAAAUACCACUUUGAUGGCUUCAACAGGAGCCAGCUCCUUAAGCUCCGUGUGUUCCUGACAGAUGUCCUUGUUGACCAGCUGCCCAACCUGGUGGAGAUGCAGAGAUUUCUGAGCCACCUCGCAGUGACAGAGCCAGCUCCCCCCAAAAAGGAUCUCGUCCUGGAGCAGGUUCCCGUCAUCUGGGACCACAUCCUCAAGAAAAACGCAGGCAAGUGGGAGGCCAUCACCAAGCACCAGGUGAAGCACGUCUUCAGCCCCACCGAGGAGGAGCUGAAGCUCCAGGCUCGCAGGUGGGCAGAGACCUACAGCCUGGACAUGAUGGAGGCUCUGGCCCCCGACAAGCCCCGCUGCAGGGUGUGUGGCACAGAGGCGGCCAAGCGGUGCUCUCGCUGCCGGAACGAGUGGUACUGCUCACGGGCGUGCCAGGUCCAGCACUGGCAGAAGCACAAGAUUGCCUGCAACCUGAUGGCCGGGGCACCAAAGAGCACAGAUGACCUGUAAGAGCAGCAGUGACUGGCAUGUGGCCUGCAGCUCGGCCAGGCAGAGGUUCCCCCUCUGUGUGCAGCCCAGUGACCAGAGCAGAGAAGCCAAAGAGGCUCCUCCUGCCUGCUCCCAGCCCCAGGCAGCACUGCCCCGGCUCAGCCUCUCCUCUCCUGCCACCCCUCACAUAGCCUUCUCCAAUAAACCUCCUUGUGCACCACGCCGCUGCUUGGC